UCUUCAGCCUGAAGUUCAUGAGACUAACUCCUGACCGCCGAGUGUCAGAGGAUAAUGUUUGGGCGGCGGGCAGCGCGGACAGAGGGUCUGAACGACUGCUUCGAAACUAAUCCGAGUUUUAGAGAGACGCUCGUCAAAAGUCGUCGAUUCGUUUCCCACUGAAUCCAGCGAGGAGGACCGAGCGACGGACAACUUCUGCCCGAGCGCAGACGUUGGUGGAGCGGGCACGCGGAGACGGAGGUCUGGGCUAAGGAAAAAAAACAAAACCCUUAAGAAAAUUUAGCCUGAAGACUGGACUAGUUAUUUACUCCGCCACUAUGCUGAAGCUUUGCCUCCAGAGAGCUCUCCGGCCGGCUGUACACAAGUUACCCCCGCCGGCGGUGGUGGUGGUGGCGGCGGGAGCAGCGCCUCCGAGGCUGCCGGGGACGGGGCGACACACGCCGAGCUGCUGCAUGGGGACACACGGGAGGAACGAGCCGAGGGAGCCGCUCAACUCCCCCAAGAGGGCCAAAGAGUUCAUCUACCGGCUGCAGCCCAAGGAGAGGACGUGUUUACUGGCGGAGCUGCAGAGUUUCGAGUCCAUCGCCAUCGCUCAAGAGACACUGGAGCCCUCGCCGCCCACUGCAGCCCAGAUCAGAUACGUUCUAUUCCACAACGCAAUCCCGUUUGUUGGAUUUGGUUUUCUGGAUAAUGCCAUCAUGAUUGCGGCAGGAACUCAGAUUGAACUCUCCAUCGGAGUCACUCUGGGGAUCUCCACCAUGGCUGCUGCGGCUCUGGGGAACCUGGUUUCAGACUUGGCAGGUCUCGGUCUUGCAGGUUAUGUGGAGGCUCUGGCUUCCAGACUGGGGAUGCAGGUUCCAGAUCUGACGCCUAAACAGGUGGAUAUGUGGCAGACCAGGCUCAGCUCUCACAUGGGUAAAGCCAUUGGUGUGUCCAUCGGCUGCAUUUUGGGGAUGUUCCCGCUGUUCUUCCUGAGCGACGAUGAUGAGAAAGAGAAAGAAGCACAACCCUGCGGUGACACAGCGUCACACUCCUCAUAAUAAGCCACUACAUCUGCACCAUCACAUCGCAAACUGGAUACUGCUGAUUUUUAAUAAGUAUUUACAGUCGGGUGUUUCUCUGUCGUCCCGCUCAGGCAGUGUUCACUGUUUGUGUUUAUGUAGAGCUUUAAUUGGCUGCUGAUGAUGUCUAGUUCCAAAACCUUGAGCUCUUUUUAGCUUCUUUUGAAGCAGCAGGCGAUAGUAUCUUUAUAUCUGCUUCCUCAAGACGUGCCGUCUGUUGUUUUCAAUGUCAGGCAGCAAUGGGAGGUCUUACUUUGAUUUAAAUUCACGGUGAUGAAAGAUGAGCAUCGCAGGGAUUUAAUUAAUUCUGAUUCUGUCAUAGAUUCUUCGUAUCAGUCCCAUUCUUAACUGCUCUCUCCAUCAGUGAAAGGUUGUUGGUAUUUAAAAGACAACUGUGAUCCCGAGAUUCUCCUCAGUUAAAAACGUGAUCUUUAGGCAACAUGUUUCCUAUUUAAAUGUUUUUGUGCAACAUUUGGAUGUGUAGUGUAACAGAAGCACACACGGAUAAGAGUCAUCAAGUUAGCAGACUAAAUAAUGUCAUGAGAGAGAGAGACAGGAAAGAAGAAUGCUGGAAGGACCUGCAGGAAAGUGCCAUGAGCGGGACUCGAGCCCAUGACCUCUGUGUCAGGGACUACAGCCCCUGAACAUGGGAGCUAUCAUGGCGCUACAUUUAAAAAGAAACUUUAAAGAGACAGAAGCGAAAGCAUGUGUACAUAUUCCACUACACCUCAAAAAUGCAAUAAAUACAAAUAUAAAAUUAAACCAAAUAAACAAAUUGGUUGAGCUAACAUUCAGCUAACAUUUGUCACCAGAAGCAUUUGGUCGUAGCAGACCGAAUAAGGCUGCUGAGUGUGUUAAACUGAACAAGGGCAGGCUUUUAUUGCUGAUGAAAUCAACUUUUGAUAUGUAACAAGAAAGCUGUGUUAUUGCUGCUUUCAAGGUUGCAUCAUCUUACUUUACGCAGAGUUCCAACAGCAUCAAAUCAGUUUCAUGAACUAAGUUUCUGCACUAGACUUAGUACUGAAACCAAUAUUAGUCUAGUUAUUUGACUUUGAAUAACACAAAGUCAAAGACAAAGUCAAAUAUUUGCUGUCUAAAACACAACAUGUUUUAGACAGCAAAUAUUUAAGGUGCACAGAUCCAUUUUGCUGGAUCUGUACUGACUCCCUGUAUGGGCCAGAUGAGAGCCAGAAAUCAGCAUUUCCACCAUCAGCUCCAUUGACUUGGUCACAGCAGGAUGCA